AUGCAAGCUGACGAGAUCCUGUCGCACUGGGAAACGGUCGUAGAGUCAAGUUCGAGUCCAUCUGGCCUGAGGCGAACUGUCAAUCUUGCAAGACCUUACGAGCCUUAUGGCUAUACCGUACAGCUAGCUGAGCUGUCGCUGGUGGGAUUUCUGAUUUUGUCCAAGCACGAGGUAAGGGUGAACGGCCGUUCUGCCAAAGCUAUGAUGUUGUGGCGAUGCCAAACACCUAUCCUCCGUGCGGGGAACUACACAGAUAAUCAGGGUUAG